AGAUCUGCCUCACCCGCCCCCACCCCCUAUGAGAUGAGCAAAGCCGGAGCCCCUGCCCAUGAGGUUGCCAUCCAGGUGAAGCUGUGGGGCUGGAGCUGUCAAGAUGGCGGCAGUGGGCCUCUGGCUGCCCACCAGCACCUGGAGCUCCGGGCCUUCCUCCGCCUGCUGGAGCACAGCUGCCUUCAGGAAUUCCUCGCCAGAGACCCCUGCUUCCAGGUUUCAGAUAAGUAUCUCCUGGCCAUGGUGCUGGUCUACUUCCGGCGUGCCAACCUGAAGCUCAGCGAGUACACCUGCAGCAACCUGUUUUUGGCACUGUACCUUGCAAACGAUAUGGAGGAGGACCUGGAGGAAGCCAAAUGUAUGAUUUUCCCGUGGGCCCUGGGCGAGGGCUGGCACAAUCAGGUGGCAGACUUCCUGCGCCAGAGGGACAAGCUGUGGGCGAGGAUGGGCUUCCGGGCUUUAGUGAGCCGCCGGCACUGUGAGAAGGUCAUGGCCAUGGAGCCUUCCCACUGGGCCUGGACUCGGGAGCGGUGCCCCCACCACGGCGGGGCUCACAGGAGCUACUCAAAGGCCGGGAUCACCCUCCCCGGGGGCCCCGGCUUCUCACCACCCCGCUGCUCCCUCUGUGGCUCGCCCCCUCUCCACAAUCACUACUCCCCCCAGCCCUGCCCCUUGCCUGUCUUACCCGAGAGUCCUGCCCCCAACCCCGAGUGGUACGGCUCUCCUUCCCAGGCCUGUCUUUCCGGGGCUGAAGACCCCUGGGCUGGGGGCUUCCUCGUGGUCCUGCCCUCCCAGCUACUUCUGGAGCCAGGCACCUACACCCUUCACAUCCUCUCGGAGCCGCUGCCAGUGCCCUAGGCACAGACGGGUGGACAGAUGGACAGACGCUCGCAGGGUGAAGAGCAGCUGGCCUGCCUGCCCUGUGGCCCGCUGCCCUCCUGUCUUGUUGACUGCAGGCUGUCAGUGCUGCCCAAGCCCCCUGCCCCUCCUCCCAACCUGCAACUUGCACCCCCCCUGCCCUGCCCCCCUCUAAUAAACUCAUGUCCACUGUG